AUACCACGACGCCUCUGUUUCCCCUGGCUGACUGGCUGGAGGCUGGAACAGCUUAUACCACGACGCCUCUGUUUCCCCUGGCUGACUGGCUGGAGGCUGGAACAGCUUAUACCACGACGCCUCUGUUUCCCCUGGCUGACUGGCUGGAGGCUGGAACAGCUUAUACCACGACGCCUCUGUUUCCCCUGGCUGACUGGCUGGAGGCUGGAACAGCUUAUACCACGACGCCUCUGUUUCCCCUGGCUGACUGGCUGGAGGCUGGAACAGCUUAUACCACGACGCCUCUGUUUCCCCUGGCUGACUGGCUGGGGGCUGGAGCGACUCAAACCGUCGACGAUGUACUCAUCAGUUUGGUUUUUGUCAUAAACUCAGUGAAUGCAUAGUGUAAUUGAUGGUGAAAUAGAUCUAAUAAAAGGAAAUUCUAGCUUGAUUCACGUGCAAGUAUUUCUGUCAUAACUUGUUACGAAAACUUCUUGCCUAAAUUUGCUGUUCUUAAAAGUUUAUCGUGCAUCUGUAAUUAUAAAAAAAAUCAUUAGCGGUGAAAAUUGACCGAAGAACUUUUCAGAUAGCUAUUUUUCAACUAUUUACAAUACUGUUAUAUGGCCUGAAAAUAAUGAAAGUAAAAUUUUAGUGAAUAUUUUACUAAUUUAUAGAUGUUGAAAAAUACCAGUUGUCUUCACGUCCCUUCAGUUGCCUCGGUCUCACCGCGAACAGCGUAAAGCAGAGGCGCCUGGGACGCUUCGUGCUUACAGACUGGACCUCUGCGAAGAAUUUUGGAACCCAGAAUAUUCUGGCCGCUGAACUCUUCCUGAAAACUUGGAUCGCUGCUCAUAUCAUUAAAUUCCGGAUGACUAUAUUUGAUAACGCUGCCUCAUUUGUUUCUUAGCGCUGGCAAGCUCAAGACCGUUAGAAAAAUCUUACCACGGGAACAGCGGCUUCCCAGUUCUGUGAAAUGGAUCAUUGAGGCUUUAAUGAAUUUUAGUUUGAGGAAUUAUGUAGCAGAUGUUCUGGCAACAUCAACCAAAGUAUUGGACCUGUCUUACGGUUUGUUGAUUCGUUGAUCCUUACUAAAGCAAGCCGCUUGUGUUCUUGCUCUUGGAUAACUUUCCUCCUCAGUUCUGCAGUUCUACUUUAAUAAACCUGGACCAAGCCUAAUGACCCAAACACCCAAUUGGAAGUUACCGUCAAUGAAUCAAUAAACUCAUCCGUUUUAACCUGAACUAAGAGAAACAUUAUAAUGGUGGCCAGUACGAUUGUGGAAUACUUGCAUGAAGAGCUCAGUGUUACUAUGUUAUGACUGUUAGUGUUGAGAUUAACUUGAGUCAUCUUCUAAAUUACAGUUCGAGAAAAAGGAAAAAGGAACUUACUUCUGAGUUUUGAGCAAUGGAGGAGUAAAUGUUCAUUCGUGACGGAAAGGAAUUAGGCUUCAGUGAUAGUGCCUUGUUGAAGUACGUGACUGAUCGGGUGAAGCGGGAGGAGGAGCGAAUGAGGAGGGAAGAAGAGCGUCUAGAAAAGGAAGAGCGGCGAAGGAAAGAAGAGGCUGAUCGAGAAAAAAGACUGCUUGCACGAGAAGAGAAGAAAAGACAAAUAUUUCCUAAAUAUCAUUGCUUAAAAACAGCCAUGCUUCUUCUAUUGUUUGCUCUCUUGUUGCUAUCUAAAGAGGGUGAAGCACUUAUAGGUUAUGAUUGUCAGGCAAAAAAUGCUUCAUUCAUCUCUGUAGCACUUGCUGAUAUAAAGCAAUGCAAUGAAGCUAUAGGUUCCUUUGUGGAAGAAGAGAUUUCAGGUCAGAUCAUCCAAAUUCAUCAGUAUCAGCCUGUCCAUGUAUACUCUUGCCUUAUCAGUGUCAUCAUCACCACAGAGUAUUGCGGAAAAUUAAAUCGUAUAUCUGCUGAACCAAAAGGAAUCACUUCUCACAUAAAACAUUUAGGUCCUUCCGCUUGUAUGGAUGCACAUACUAUUGGGACUGUAAACAUUCAUGGACAGCAAUUCAAUGGACUAAAGAAGAAUUCGACAACUACAAUCGACACUGUCUUGUCAGGUUCCGUAGAUGAUGGUGGUUACUGUAAAAAUGGAGGAAUUUUUAUUCAUGAAGAUGGUACUAAAUCUGAAGACAAGCUAGUUAGAGCUACAAUGAAAAUCAGUCUUUAUGACCGUACUGAAACUCUUUCAUUAGAAGCAGAUAAGGUCAUAGUUCGUUCUCUUGGUCUUGAAUGCCCUGCUGAUAACGGAUAUUGUGCUGAUACAUUAGUUGGAGAAGUUGUCUGGAAAGAACUAGACGGAGAUUGCACUAGCAGAGUGGAUGUUUUGUAUGAAGGACCAUUAUCCUUAGUGACCUUUGCUCAAUCAGCAAUAGAUGCUAUCAAGAUCAUUAUUGUAUAUACACGCAACCAAAUGUUUGCUCUUAGAGUUUCUGGAUUUGGAUUAAAAUGUGGACAUCCAACGAUGACAACUGAACAUAAAAGGAUUCAUGUAGUUAAAAAGAGUGAUGUUGGUAUCUAUGUGUUCAGUAGGUCUCCUAAAUUCAACAACAAUGUCGAUCUGAAAUCAUACAUUGAUAGCCAAUUUCUCUAUGCUUCAACAGCAUUUAUAAAAGGCACGGAUCAGAUUGUCAGAGAUUUCAGUAAUGCAAUGUGUCAAAAUAAAAGAGAAAUACUCAAAAAAAGGCUUGUCUUGUCUCAGUUGAGACCAGACCAAGUAGGUACUUUAGUUGAAAGAAAAUUAGGAGUCACAGCUUCUAUUCAGGGUGAAGUGAUGUUUAUCAUUACGUGUGUUCCUGUGCCAGUGGUGUACAGAAAAGGAGCUGGUUGCACGCAAGAAAUACCUGUGAUGUAUAACGGCAAGCCUAUGUUCGUAGAACCCAUCACUAGGAUUUUAACUACUACUGGCACAUCAUCCAUCUGUUCUUCCAAAAUGGCACCAAAAUUCAGAAUAGAUGAGAAAUGGAUGACUGUGUACAAUGGACCUAUGGAGAGUGCUGCACCAAAGAUUUUGGACCCUAAUAGUGUAAUUCAGUCUUGGAAAUUCAUUCCAUUGUUGGAUAUCUCGAAAAAUGGAUUGUAUGAUGCUGAAGACAUUGAGUCUCUACAGAAGAGCAUGAUGUUUGGAGACAACAGAGAGGCCUUAACCACAAAUUUUGCUAAGGUCUUAUACGAUAAUGGAAAAACUGGCAAUGAAGGGUUCUCAGCUAUUGUUACAGAAGAUGAUAUUUCAGGAUUAGGCUCAAGGAUCGGGGGUUGGAUGUUUAGGGUUACAGACUUAAUAGGUCAAACUACGUGCGUUCUUCUCGGCAUCUUUGUGAUCAUCGAGUUAUUCUUGUACUUAGUAGACUGCUGUUUAAACGGGACAAUCAUCUAUAAGAAGAUGGGAUGGUCUCUGUGGAUUUUGGCUGCACCCCUACAUGCUAUCGUGCAUAUGAUCACACAUGACAUCACUCGAAGGAGAACUCCAGCUGAAGAUGAAGAUCAACCUGAAGAAGUGCGAGUUGAACAAAAGAACUAAGUUCUCAAAAAUACCGCUACAUCCUCUCCUUUGUAAAGAUUCAAUUUAAUGAUUUUUCUCGAAUGUCCAUGUGGAUUAAGAAAAUCGGAGAUUUGUUCAGAGCUCGAUGUAUUGCAGUGGACCAGCGAAUCAACUCAGUGCUUGAAAGAAGCCGUUUAAUUGUUAACCGCGGACGUGGGCACGUGGCAUUAGCGAUACCUAGGCGCUAAUGUCUAGGUGAUUUCGCGUUCAUUCCUCAGACUGAUGCAAGCAAGCUGGGUAUUACAGGAGUUUUGGGACAGGAAAUUGAUGGGAAGUUUAGGCCAAUAGCAUUCAUGAGCCGUAAACUUAAUAAGGCUGAACAGAAUUACUCUGACAUAGAUAAUAGGUAAUAGAGUCAGGGGUAUGAUUUUGUUAUUGAAUACAUCAAGGGAACGGAUAAUUUUUUGGCCGACUUGUUUUCAAGGAGUGUUUAUUUGCCGGAAGGGGAGUAAGAAGCGAGGGCUUGGGAAUAAUUUUGGAUCAUUUGUUCAAAUGGAAAUAAUAGAUUUAGGGGGGGGGGAAGGUAUGUAAUGAAUUUUAGUUUUCGGAUAAUUGUAGCAGAUGUUCCGGCAACAUCAACCAAUGUAUUGGACGGACUUGUCUUACGGGUUGUUCAUUCGUUGAUCCAUACUUGAGAGAGCCGCUUGUGUUCUUGUUCUUGGAGAACUUCCCUCCUCUGUUCUGCUGUUUUACUUUAAUAAACUUGGACCAAGCCUAAUGACCCAAACACCCAAUUGGAAGUUACCGUCAAUGAAUGUAUCAAUAAACCCAUCCGUUCGAACCCGAACUAAGAGAAACCUUACAGACGCUCUCUUGGUUGGUUAUAAUUUAUAUACCUCCAUGAAACUUAGUAAAGAAGAAUAUUAUCUCAUGGCUUUUCGGUGCAAACCAUGUUUCCGAUCCGAGAUAUUUAUCAUCAGGCACUUCUAUAAGCUGGCUUCUAGAAUUAAACUGCGUUUUAUUUUAACAUGAUAUCGUAAUUUGUUUAGAGUUUAGACUUAGAGUGUAGGUUUAAUGGAACUAGUCCUGACGAUUCAUAGACAUUGUAACUAAAAGUAAUAUUGCAUCCUGUUACAUCGUCGAAGGAAUACAAUUAACGUUGUAAGCGUUAGAGCAUUACUCAGCCACUCGCUCGAUGUGUGACAAAAGAUUUAUUGAUUCUUGUAAAAACUAUCUAGACUAUCAAAAUGUUGAAUAUGUUUGAUAACUACCAUGCUCCUCUUUAAUUGGAUAGUUCAAUUGAGAUGUUUAUGGACCACAAAUUGCUACUCGUGUGUUAGUACAAGUUUCAUCAUUCGAAACAAUUUUCGUGAGUCACCUUCGUUCUAAUAAUUGCUGUAAAGACAGCAAAAUAUUGUAAGUGUAGUGUAUUUUAAUUGUAAUUAGUGUAAAACUUAGAAUAAGUAUUGUGACUUCCGUAGCCUGAGAACUUCAUGGUGUUCUAAAUUAUAAGAAUUUUCAUUUAUUGCAUAAAGUUUUGUGUUUUCGCUAAAAUUGUUCGUAGAAUUUGAAACGAUUAAGUGCUCUUCUUAGGGAGAAUUUAGGUAUAAUGACUUACACAGUUGAAAUGUUUUCCACUUUUGCUGAAUUGUACAAAAUUAAGAGAUAGAGCAAAAUAUAAGUUGCAUUAUUAUGUAUAACAAAUUCAAUACUAUUGCAACUUAGGCAGUUGCAAAAGCAUUGCAACUGGUUCCACCGUUAGGCAGUAGGCUCUCAUUAUGCGUGUCCUAUAUACUUCCAUUAAAUAAUUUUUUUUUGAAUGUCAUUAAACUACCAUAUCUGUUUGUAUCGCACGCAGUUCUUUGUGAAUAAUAUGACCUGUUUGAUCUAUUUUCAGGAAUUAUUGACAAGGAGUGUUGUUGCUUCAUAUAAAAUAUCAAAGUUCUCUGUUCUCAAAAUAUCAGUGUAAAAAUCUUC